UGCAACCUGGAAACAACAACAAAGUUCAAAAAUGCAGAAAGGUCUGCAAAACUUUGUAUAACUAGCAGCCUGUGUCCCGUCACUAACAAGGAGGAGCUUGAAGAAAUCCGCAAAUGUGGAAUGAAAAACUUCCGUAAUAUCCAGGUUGAUGAAGCUAAUUUAUUGACCUGGCAAGGACUUAUUGUUCCUGACAAUCCUCCAUAUGACAAAGGAGCCUUCAGAAUCGAAAUCAACUUUCCAGCAGAAUAUCCAUUCAAACCUCCUAAGAUUACAUUUAAAACAAAGAUCUAUCACCCUAACAUCGAUGAAAAGGGGCAGGUUUGUCUGCCAGUAAUUAGUGCUGAAAACUGGAAGCCAGCAACCAAAACUGACCAAGUAAUCCAGUCCCUCAUAGCACUGGUGAAUGAUCCACAGCCUGAGCAUCCCCUGCGGGCUGACCUAGCUGAAGAAUACUCUAAGGACCGUAAAAAAUUCUGUAAGAAUGCUGAAGAGUUUACAAAGAAAUAUGGUGAAAAGCGACCAGUGGACUAAUCUGACACAGCUGAUGUCAGCAACGUAUGAUAGAAGAUCGGAGCAGUGCAUUUGAGACAUCCCGUAAAGCAGGACUCUAUGGAAAAUUGACAAGUGCCACCUUUUGGUGUUAACUUGUGGCUGUUACUAACUUUCUACAGUUUUCUUAAUCAAAAGUGGGCUAGGUAACCUGUAAAGGAGGAAUUAAAAAUUUAAGAUGUUCUAGUUCUGCUUUCUUUGUUUAAAAAUCACUGCUUCAAUAUACUUUAAAGUAUGCUGUUUCCUUUUUUUUUUUUGUGUCAGAAUUUAUCAAAAAUAUCUUAGACUUAUAUUCUGCCCUUAAAUUGAAAAGGUUGUGGCUGUCAUUUCUUACUUCUCCUUGCAGUUACCACUAUCCUGAGUUCAUUUUAAUUCAUCAUUGAAUUUUUGCCCCUCCUCAAACUGAUGUCUUAGAAAAAAUAUCCCACUUCUGGCAGAAAAUGAUUGAGUGUUUGGCAGUUUUGUUUACUCUUCUCUUCAAACAUUGCACUGUGCUCUGUGGGACUUGCUGCAAGUUCCCCUUAACUUCAGUUUGUAACGUUAUAAAAAAAACAACCCAACUACAAUCAGAAAUGUCCAGGUCUUAUGUAAAUCUGGCUGAUGUUACCACAAAAUGUUUAUUAAAUGGGGAAAUCCAGUUUCUUGUCUGCGUUAUUGAAUUAGAAUAUGGCUUAUGUCCUGCUUUUGGAAAAUGCUGGAAAAGAAGUAGUAGUAAAAUGUGAUUCCAAACUCCUUUCACUUCUAUUCUUAAUAAAAGUUAGCAUAAGUUGGCUUGGAUAACGUGAACAGAACAACAGUGAGAGACCAGUUUAGAAGUUUCAGAAAUUGCGGACCAAGAGAUACACCAAAACAAUAAACUGGUAUUGAGUGAAAAAGUUGGUAUUCUAGAAAUGAAUUAAUUUCAAAUACUAAAUGUUAGCACUGCUAGUGAGAUUUUUUUCAUCCAAAUGCAUAUGAUAUAUGUUCUAGGGAAUGGCACUCACGCCACUUCCUUCCCAGUUGCUGUACAGUUAUUACUGAAAAUAGUACAAGAGUAGGAUUAAGCAAUAAACUGAAUACACUUCACUGCUACUGUUCCUAUGUUUUAAAAGUACACGUUAGAUCGUUUAAUGACUACUUCACCUUACUGUUCUGACUUGGGCAGAGCUGUUUUCCCUUUGCUCCAGGCGCAGCCACGCAUGCUGAAGGAUGCCCUUUCUGUUCAGAAUUGGGCACCCUUUACUGUGUCUCUAUUGCUUUUCUUCUGCCUGCGUGUCCUAAGUCUGAAGUGUGAUUGUAGCUCCAAUCAAACUGCCAUACAAUCAAACUGCCUUCCCCACCUGUAGAACCUGAGUAUGUUACUGAGUAAACAGAUUUCCAGAAAUCCAUAGGUAGCUGGGAGUACAUAUCAUCACUUUGAUUUGCAAGAACUUGAAUUAGAAAAUCCCUCACAUCUGGAUGGUUGUCUGUGCUCCUAGAUUCAGUUUUAAUACAGCCUCUACCUUUGCAACCUUGCAGAAGUAGUGCAUUAAGCUGUAGGGCUCCUGGUUUUUAAUGUAUAUUUACUAUUCCUUCAUUUGCCCUUCUUAUCUGGCUUUUAUUUUGGAUUUAGUGUGAACAAUGACAGCCCAGUACCUCACCUCUGUUGAAAGUAAUUUUUUUUUAUUAGUUAGGGAGCUAAGAAAUUUCAUGUUAAGUGUUCUUAGACGGAUUCUUUGGCAGGUAAAUGAAGUUAAACCACAUUCACCUUAUUUACGGAAACUUACCUUCCCUAAGUGUUUCCUGGCUUGUGAGAGCACUAUUACCAAAUUUUUCACAUCUUUGUCUUUGGUUGCAGAAAGUUGGUACUGAUUUUGUUUUCUUCACACUCACUCAGAUUCGUAAUAAAAUAAUGCCAAAUUA